AUGAUUAUAUCUGGUAUCAGUGAAGAGAUAACGCCGAGGCAAUUAGAAGAGGUACUUUGUCAGUGGUUCAAAGAAAAUGGCAUCCAGGUGGAGCGGGAGGAGAUUGAAAGAGCACACAGGCUGUUUAGGAAACAAAGAGGAGGAGAACCCAGACAGGUGAUAAUUGCGUUUGCAAGAGAAAAAUUAAAAGAGGAAGUCUUUCAAGUUCUUAGGAGGGUUAAGGAUUUGAAGUUCGAAGGAAAUAAAGCCUUUGUGAGCCACGACUUCAGUCAGGAUACACUGCAGGAAAAAAGGUUGCUGAAGCCUUUUGCACAAAGACUUUAUAAAGAAGGAAUUGACUUUACUUGGGGUUACCCAGUAACUCUAAUUGUGUUCCGAGACGGCAAGAGAUACAGAGCAGGAAUCCAACAGAGGUCAUACGCCCCAGUUUACAUGGCACUGGAGAAUGGAAACCAAACUGGAAUAACAAAGUUUCACUUCCAUCCUUUCUCAACCGUGCCAGAGAUGCAGCUGCUGAUUUUCUGGACUUUCCUGAUUUUGUUCCUGCUCAGCCUCUUUGGGAACUCUGCUGUUGUGUUCAUUGUCCAUACUGAUCGGUCUCUUCAUACUCCCAUGUAUUUCUUCUUAGCUAAUUUAGCAGUUUUAGAGAUUGCUUACUCUUUUGUCAUUGCCCCACUCACUCUCGUCAAUCUUGCUUCUGUGAGAAAAGCCUCCAUCUCCUUGACUGGAUGCGGCACACAGAUGUUCUUCUUUAUCUUUUUGGGAGGUGCUGACUGUGUUCUGUUGUCAGUUAUGGCGUAUGACCGAUAUGUGGCAAUCUGUCACCCACUGCGCUACACUGUCAUUAUGAACUGGACAGUUUGCGGAAGUCUUGUAGCUGGGACAUUGACAAUGAGUUCCUUGUUUGGCAUUCAGCUCUCUGUCUUGAUAUUACGGCUUCCAUUCUGCGGCAACAAUGAAAUCAAUCAUUUUUUCUGUGAUUUUCCUGCUGUCUUGAAGCUAGCAUGUAGUGAUACUCAUGUUCAUCAGGUUACCCUCUUUAUUAUCAGUGCUGUAAUAUUAACCAUCCCUUUCCUCCUAAUCUGCAUAUCCUAUGCCUUCAUUGUGACAGCCAUCUUCCGCAUCCGGUCUGUUGCUGGCCGGAAACGAGCCUUUUCUACCUGCUCUUCCCACUUAAUGGUUGUCUUUUUACAAUACAGUUGUGGCAGUUUAAUAUACUUACGCCCCAGUUCUAGCUACACACCAGAGGAAGGUCGAGUGGUUUCUGUGGUCUAUACUUUUAUCACUCCUGUAUUAAACCCCUUGAUCUAUAGCAUGAGGAACAAAGAGUUAAAAAAUGCACUAAGAAAAACGUUGAAGAAAAAAGUGUUGCCUUAA